CCACUCUCUCUCUUACAAAGACUACUCCUCCUUACCUUACGUUGUUUCUCUCUCUCACGCACACACACACUUGAAACUUCUCUCCCUGGUUUGGUUUUCUUUGUUGGUGUGAAUCGUUCUCUCCAUCGCAACCGGUUUCUUCACUGGAUUUUCAGAUUCGUAUCUUCUGCUGGCCGGAUCGACACCGUAAGGGGAUCCCAUGGAAUCACCAAUCUGAAAUUUAUUAAGAAUAUUGGCUGCACAACUCAUGGAAUCGACUAGAGAGUUUGGAUGUAAUUGCUGCAGGAGAGAUUUGAAUGAUCUUGGGAAGUUUAAUUUUGAAACAUGUAUGCCUGUAGCUGCAUAGAAGGUGUCUGUUCACUACCCAAAUCUAAUUGGAUGAGGCAUGCUUUAAUGGAGAGAGUUCUUGCAUACAUUAAUUCAAAUUGGUCUCAACUAGCUAACUCUUCUGUAUCAUCAUCCAUAACUUCAGAGGGGCUGUGUAUAUUCCAGGAUCAGGAAACUUAAGAAAGGAUCUUACUUCCCAACUGCUUUGGGCCUGGGGGCCCUAAUGUAAACAAUCUCCCCAAUGGUUAUUCUCGAUCAAAUUGGAACUAACCGGAGCCUUUCCCAUCUUCCUCCCCAUGAAUAAUAGUCACUCACCGUGGAAUCCCGGACCCAACCGAGGCUUCACUUUCUGUACAUGCUAGCGGAGAGCAUGCGCGCUUUCUGCGCAUUGGGUAAUGCCCCUGACGAGAUUUGUUGCCGAUGCACUCGGUGUGGUGACAAUUUGUCUGGUUGCUAUUUCGAUCCUUCUCGGUCUACUCUGCGUCGUAUAUAUGUUCUACUUCCGCAGUCAGAUCCACAGCCACAGUCUCGAUCAGCUCAGCUAUUUUAACGGCCCUUGGAUCAUCCGAAUUGCCUACAUCUUCUUCUCGAUCUGGUGGGGCAUUGGCGAAAUCGUUCGUCUCAAUCUAUUCCGUCGCAAGGGAGGACCGUUGGAUGCCCUCAGCUUACAAUGGCAGGAGAACAUCUGCAAAUGCUAUAUUGUAUCGAAUCUCGGAUUCGCCGAGCCGUGCCUGUUCCUCACCCUCGUAUUUCUCCUUCGUACGUCGUUACAACGGUGCGGACCCUUAACGGAGAAGCGGAACGUAAGAACGACCGGUUACGUCCUCCUCUACUGCCUCCCGACGCUCGUCUUUCAGAUCAUGGUAAUUUCGAUCGGACCGUAUUAUAAGAAUAAACACCUCCCGGAACUCCCGUUGUAUUUUGUCGAAGCAGCUGCCGAUACGAAGGCUCGUAACGCCAUCUGCACUUAUCCUCUGCUCAGCACUCUCUUUCUCGGCCUAUUCUCCGUCGUUCUAACGGUGUACCUGUUCUGGCUCGGCGCCCGGGUUCUCCGCCUGGUUAUUAACCGCGGACUUCAACGUCGAGUCUACGCGUUGAUCGUUUCUACUUCCGGUAUAUUCCCGUUACGCGUCGUCCUGCUUGGUUUAUCGGUUCUCUUCAAACCCGAGCGGGCUGCGUUCAACGCUACCGUGUUCUUGGCCUUCUUCUGCUUUUUGUGCUGCGCCGGCGUCGGGAUCUGCAUCCUCGUGUACCUCCCGAUCGCAGAUUCGUUAGCUUUGCGGAAUUUUCCGAACGGCGGCGACGUGGAAGCCGCGGGCGACUCCAGCUCUUUGAUAGCCAAUCGGAGUCCCGGGGAAAGCACGGCGAUCAGCUCGAGGUCGUCGCCGAACCGCGGAUCGAUAUCGUUCCGUGUGACGAAGGGUAAGGAAUACGAGUCGGGUCCGGCGUUUGUGGAGCUGGGUCUGUUCAACCCAAGCGAGAACUCGCCGGCGUCGGGAUCGCCGCCGCCGCGCGGGGUCGGGUGGCCGAUGAUUAAACGCAGCCAUGCGGAGGAUGAAGAACAGAGCGGGCGUGCUUGUGCGUGCAAGUUAUAAAUUGUGGCCGAGGGAAAACAAGAAGCAUUUUUGUGGUGUACUGUACUCUUUUUUUAUUAUUUUUUUUUUUUCUCUUAAGUGUUUGUAAAGGUAAUUAGGAUAUAUUUUUAAUAAGGAAUUUGCUAAUUUUUGGUUU